GUCGGCGGCUCCGCGCCCGCCGCCGGCAUGGAGGCAGCGGGGUGGCGCGGCCGGGCCCAGGGGCGCCCCGCCUGGGGGGUGCUGCGUGCCCCUCUCCUCCUCCUCUUCCUCCUCCUCCUCCUCCUGGCAGCAGAAGAUUGUCUGGCUCAGUGUGAUAAUGACUGCAAAGCUUACUGCUGUGAUGGGACUACUCCCUACUGCUGUUCAUAUUAUGCCUACAUUGGGAAUGUUCUUUCAGGCACGGCAAUAGCCGGGAUUGUUUUCGGCAUAGUGUUUAUAAUGGGAGUGAUCGCUGGGAUUGCCAUCUGCAUCUGCAUGUGCAUGAAGAACAACCGCGGGACGCGAGUAGGGGUCAUCCGGGCAACACACAUCAACACUAUCAGCACGUACCCAGUGGCUCCACCACCCUACAGUUAUGAAUACGAAAUGGAGUACCCAGCUGACCUACCUCCGCCAUAUACUCCAACCCCACAGACUUCAAUACAUUAUCCCCCACCACCUCCCUACCCUGGAUAUUCAGGGAAAUAAUGACACGGCUUCACACAGAUAUUCACCGCCCCUUGAAACAGCCAGCGCCGUUGGGACAAAUAUUAUCUGCUCAGGGACAAAUAGGACGGAUGAGAUCUGCAUCAGCACAAAUGGCCAGGUGUUGAAAUAAGCUGGGAGGGUUCCUGUGGCUCAGGAUGAAGAAGAAAAUCUGUCCGCUCCGGACCACCACGUUUUGUGAUUAAGCAAGUGCACAUGACCAGAGAAACAGUUGCUGUAAGUUAGUGCCUGAUGAGUAGUGCUUAGCAUCAGUGCUGAGCUUCAGCUGCAGCACGUUACAGCACAUGGGAGAGGAGGAUCUUCCCACAUGAGAACAUGGAAGCGGUGCAAAUGGUUCAACAAGAUGUUUCGGAAGCAGGAGAGGAAGCUGCUGGGCUUUAUUCUGGGGGAGCUUCCAAACUUGUUGUCUUCAAGUAUGUGUUACGCCUUUCCUUGAAAUUAGAGAGAAUCAGGGAGAAGGAAGAAGACUGAAACUAUAUUCAAUUUCUGCUUCAGGCUGGUAAUACCCAAUGAUCAGCUGUGCAUGUUGGUCUGAUGAGCAUAUUACUAAAAGAAGUGCUGUUGGAGUUACUCAGUAACCAAAAAAAUGAUGGAUAUUAUUUUUGGCCAAGUGCAGGUUGUUUUAAGUGCCUACUUUUAAACAGUUUGAGACUAAUUUGUGUCUUAAAAUGUAAACAUAAAGAACAUUUUUGUAUGUGAAAUACACUAAUUUAUAGCUGAUUUACUUUUACAUGGACUUAAAUACUGUAUCCAUUCAAAAUAUGCUACAAUGUCUUUUUUAUCAGAAAAUAAUGCUUAGAUUUUUGUUAAAAAAUGCUGAAUUGGGAAAAUUCACAAGUGAGACAAGAAACACAAACUAAAUAUUAAAAUAUAGAUUUAUCUUCAAUUAGAUUGUGUAAGGACUAUUGAAAAAAAAUUAUCACAUUGUUUACCAGUAAUGAUGAUGUUCAACCUAAACAAACAGAUGAGCACAGAGACUGAGCGUCAGGUUACUUUUAAAAUGCCCAAGAUAACAUUCAAGACUGUAAGUCACCAUGUAAUACUUUUUGCAUUUGACACACAUAUUGUUCAGAAUUAAUCUCUACUGCAUAAAGUACAGACUUGUGGUGGUUUAGCCCUGGGUGGGUGCCAGGUGCCCACCAAGUUGUUCUAUUACUCCUCCUAAACUGGAGAGGGGAGAGAGAAAUACAGCGAGGUUUGUGAGUCUAGAUAAGGACAGGGAGAUCACUCAGCAAUUAGCUGAGACUCAACGGGGGGGAAAAGGUUUGCUUUAUUAAUGAACAAUCACAACAGAGCAGGGAAAUGAGAAAUACAACCGAAUCUUAAAACACCUCCCCCCACCCCUCCCUCUUUCCAGGACUCUCCUUCCUUCCCCCCACAGCGAUGCAGGGGGUGGGGGACAGGAGUUGCAGUCGGUUCGUUACAGAUGGACUUUGUUGCUGCUGCUUCUCACAGUGGAGUCUUUCUUCCAGGGCUUAAGAAUCCUCCUCCCCCUCCUUCUCCACUGACCUUGGUGUCUGCAGAGAUGUUUUCACAUUCUCACUCCCUGUUGCUGCUGCAGUUUAGCAACUGUGCAACAACUUCUUCUCCUUCUCAGAUAUGUUAAUCACAGAGACAUUACCUCUGUCACUAAUUGGCCAGGCCUUGGUCAGUUGCAGGUCCAUCUUAGAAUUGACUGGCAUUAGCCCUAUCAGCUACAGGGGAAGCUUCUGGCAGCUCUUUGUUUAAGAAGCCACCCUGUAGCUCCCCCUGCUACCAAAAAACCUGGCCCAGGCAAAACGACUACAGUGAUAUAAAAUGUUCCAAUAUACUUAUGGGCCAAACUAUAAUUCAGCAGCAGCUAUUUGACUUCAGAAUAGAGUAUCCCACUGCCUAAACCAUUAUCCUUCAAUGGUAAGCCUAGUAUUUUUUCUCAGUUUCAUUUUAGAACCACAAAGGCAGUGGUUCUCUUGGGUCAUUUAAAAGUGCUGAAUGUUCUUAGUUUGAGGCGAGUGGCUGAGCAGUUUGAGAAAGCUAUCGCCAAAAUAGUGGCAAGUGACAAAAAUACAGCACCUGGAUUUCAGGACAGCUGUUGCAUCAGGUCCAUUUCAGAGAGCAAGACUGCAGAUUACUGCUGAUUCCAGAUCAGAAUGCAUUUAAAGGUUUUCCAGAGUAGCCCUUUCCAGAGUCUUCUUUUCAGAUGGGUCAAUGUAUUAAUGAAUAGCAAAGCACCUUGCAAGAAGCCGUACCAUAUCCCAGUGAAGUCAACUGGCAACCUCUCAUCACCUUGUAAGGCUCACAUUUUUGGCAUUCAAUCCUAAGUGGGGGAAGAUCUCAAGCAACUUGUUAACUUUGAGCACAAAACUUUUUCAGAGGCUUUCUUGUAAACAAGACUUUACUGACUGCUCUUGCUCAGAUUUUCUAGUUGUAUUUUUCCUUUCCAGGCUGACUAAGCUUAUCCUCUUGAAACUCCACUUGAAGGCACAAAUGGCCCCAGUCCCUGACAAUGUACAUUCAGAAGAUCUGUGUUGUGGCCCUUGGCCAAGCUGAGCCUUGAGUGACAGGCUCAUUAGCCAUCUAGGCAUUUGUGACCCAGCCAAGAGGAAAACAGAGCUGCAUCACAGGUUUUAGUUGCUGCACGUUCCUUGGAGUCUUCUCCAAUGAAAGAGAGUUAUAUUCUCAUUUCUGUUUUACUGUUCAGAGAUGGCACGUCCUCACCUUACUUCUCCUCUGGGCUAUGUCCUGCUUGUACUCUGAUGGAUGAGAGAUGUUCCUGAGUUGAAUUCCUCCCAUGAAGGGCAACUUUCUGCAUGCAGUGUUUUGGCCAUCCCUACUCAAAACCAUCUGCCAAGGUGUUGAUGUGGCUGCCAAAAUGGCGGUGAGCAUGAAGAACAAAAUCAGCAUAGUUUUCUCUGUGGGAAAUCCUGUUCCUGCCACAUCAUGCUAUGCUAGUACCUCAGCACUUUUCAGUUUAUCACACUGGAUGAUAUUUCUGCGCCAAAAAAGUUACCUGUAGAUAAAGAGUAUUGUCAUUUUUCCCAUUCUAGUAUUUUAUUUCUUUGUACUGAACAUGCAGACACACAAAUCAAAGAGCAGAUUGUGUUUGAUGAAUCCAGUCUACUGAAAAAUACAGAGAAAGAAAACUGUCUUAUAGAUCAUAAAUCUUACCUUAGAGGUAGAAUUUCUCCAGCCGUGACAUUUGUCAGAACAAGUUAUAAAGCAGAUUUCCUAAGUAAAAAGGCAUUUCUGGAAAAUACCUAAAAACCUUUGAUCAGAGAGUCUUCUGUUUUUCAACUUUGUGAUUGCACGUUGCCUCUGAUGAUAUUGCAUAAAGGUCAUGGUAACCAAAGCGCCUACAAUGCAUACGUGACUUAUUCCAGGAGAAAAUUAUGGAAAUAGGAAACCGAGAGUCUCAUAGUGAUAGUUAUUUGUUUGAGAUGAAAACAGUAGUGAGGGUGUUGAUUUUAGUAUGUUAAUUAGUGUUCUGCAGAUCCACCAUGAUCGUAAUCUCAAAGGACACCACAUCUCUGGUCCUUACUCAAGGCAUAAAAUAUAAAGGUGUUGCCCUUUCAGCAAACCAGGCAAAACUAGUACCCAGGAGAAUAGCCUGCUUACAGAAAAAGGUGCUUUGAAGAUAAGUAAAAUGGAGAGCCAGAGAGAAGGAGGGAGUCUGAAAGUUUUGGAAAAGUAAAGGAACAGAACAAAGAAGUUGCCAUGUAAAUGAAUGGAAGCAUUUGCUGAUACUAAAGUUGUGUUAGUUGAGUUUAGUUGAAAAAGCUGAAGUGUUGUUAUACCUAAAGUGUUAUUUUCUUUAUGUGGAAACAUGUAAUUUGUUCAACGCCUCCAUAUUCAAAGUUCCUGCAGUGCAGGUAUUGCAGUCCAGUAGUCACUUAUUGUUUCACAUGAAUAGCUUGCAGAUGAGUGGGUUAGUACAAAGAGUUUUUACUUAGUCACAGUGACUUAUUUCAGUCUUGUGGCCUACAUCGUACUGUAAAGCAAGAAAAAAAAAAACAGGAAAAUAUGAUCUGUGUCUGAGAAAGGCCAAACGAUUGUUUGCUUUUCUCACUUGGCAACGGACAUUAUCACUAAUUUGGUUGGUGCAUGUAGCGUUGCUCAGGGCAGUUCAUAUACUUGGACCAAAUGCCUCUGAUUUUCUUGUGGCCUCAGGUUGCUCUGCCUUUUAUUUACCAUUUUUAGGCAGAGCUGAGGAGGCAGAGCAGGAAGGUCACUGCAUCAGGAGCACAGGGCCUAGUCCCAGGAGCCUUUCCCCUUGGUUUCCUAGUUUAUCACAUUAGAUGGCUGCCUGUUUGCACAGUGGCUGUCACGGAUCGGAAGCAGCAGGAGUUGCAGGUGCUUACGAGGGCCCAUAUGGUUGCACACACUCUGAUGCCAGCCCUCUUGUGGGAAGAAAAUAAUUCUGUAUCGUGUCUUAGUUAAUCAUGUAUCGGGGAUAUUUCAAGCCGUGAUUCAUUUCACAAACUUAAUUUAAUCUGGCAUUUCUUGAACUUUUUUUUCCCCAGAAAGAGCUACUUCAAAACCAGUUACCACUCUGACAGCCUACUGUUUCUAGAGUAUGUACCAAACAGCAGGAGAAAUCUAUUUAGGAGCUAAUGACCCAUUUGGGAGACUUUACAAAUUAGGUAAUAAUCAGUUGGAGGAGUUAAAAGGCCAAGGCAAAGCCAAGAGAAGUUAAUGUGCUAGGCUGCCAUUACCUAAAUGACACACUCAGAUGAAAGGAUUGUUAAUGCUAUUAUAAGCAUUUUUUAAUUAAUGAACAUAUAACGACUUUCUUUUUUCAUGUUGGUGACUUUGAAAGAUGCAGUUUUACUAGUGUAGUAGACCAGAUAUUCAAUAGUGCCACAAUGAAAAGAUUAGAUUGCUCCAUAGAGCACCUGGAUCGAUAUUAACAGUGUUCUUGGUAUAGUAGAAAUUGAGUCUUUCAAUUUAAAGCAAAUGUUCUCUAGACUCUUUGUGAAAUCACAAUGGUAUUUUUGAAUGUAAUGGGAUAGUUCAUAAAGCACUGGUGUCUGUCUAUUAGAAUAGUAAAUAUUUGUUAUUUCUGUAUUCAGUUUCAUCCUGGAAGCUCUCCAAAUGCUUUAGUAACUAGAAAAAAUGUUGUUUUACUCACCUUGGAAUAAAACACAACGGGUAUUUAACAGCACACCCUAAUAGUGUGUAACAUCCUGAGACAGAAGUUGCACGAAAGAACUAAGACAAAUUGAAAGUAUUUCUUCAGUUUCACUAGCAUAUCAGUGAGAAAAAUAAUGACCAGGACCUUUUGUCAAGUGAUCUCUAUUACUACUUUCCAAUGGGUACACCCCAGUCUGAUGGUCAUUUCUAUAUUGCAGCAGUGUCAGAGGUCCAGACAAGGGUUAAUGGAAAAAAGUUGGAACACAAAAAGUUAUUUUUAAACAUAAACUAUUUUACAGUGAGGGUGAGGGAGAGGGAGCCCUGGCACGGGCUGCCCAGGGAGAUUGUGGAGUCUCCUUCUCUAGAGGUUUUCAAAAUGCUCCUGGACGUGUUCCUGUGUGACCAGAUCUAGAUGGACGUGCUUUAACAGGGGAGUUGGACUGGAUGAUCUCUAGAGGUCCCUUCCAAUCCCUACCAUUCUAUAAUUCUGUGUGAUUCUGUGAAAAGCAGAGCCCCAGUCCAAGCCUGAAUUGCAAAGACACUCUUCCUACUCCAUCAUGAUUUUGGUGUGCAGCCAAAGAGAUGAAUAAAGGACUAAAGAAAGGAGAGGGUAUGGUCCCUCACUUUACAAGAGAGACAGAGAGAUUGGGAAAACCAAAACAGCCAAGACUUUAACCUACAGCAGAUGGAUGGCUGGUGCUGUUGCCAGUUACUGUGACUGUAGGAUAGCAAAAGCAGUGAGCAUGGAGUAUGCUGAAGAGCUGUCGUGCAAUGAGAGCAGCCCAGAGAAGGAUCCAGGCAGCUCCAGCUCAGGGAUCGUGUAACUCAAGGUAUCUCCAGACAAUAACUAGAGCAGAAAUGUUUGUCUGUCCCUUUUGCUGUGAAAAUUAGAAGGUCAAUGUUUUCACAGCACUGGAAAUGGAAAAUGUUUAUUAUUUUUGUUGUGCUAGGCACCAUUAGUGUUUUGUAUCCUUAGUGAAGAGUAGGGAAGCGCAGGCUUUGGAGGCCAUUGAUAUUGCAGUGAUGACUAAGAAUGGACUACAGCCAACAGAAACAGAAAGAAAGCAAAAAACUUAGGUGUUUUUGAAGAAAGUGCGGGGAUUUUUUUUGCCAACCUAGCAUACGGAGCCCAUUGCUUCAUGGAGGCGAGCUGGCCUGUUGCCAAUGAAGGCAGCUGAUUUUACAGCAGCUGAAGCCUGCAGGAGAGGGGAUAAAGUGGGAACUGUGUAAUGCCGGUUUUCCCCAGGGAUGAGAUUCACCUGACUCCUCUGCGCACUCACAGGAAGCCUGCUGGGGGUGCAGGGGGAGCAACUUCAAGGCAAUUCUCCUUUCUUGCAUGAAAGCUGGCUAUCUUUGCCCUUAACCUUUGCAACACACCUACGAUAUGUUCGUUUUCAGAAACAAGGGCAAAACCAUUUUUUUCAUGGCCCCUAAGCAGUCCCCAAACUUCUCUAAAUAGGUCCCAUGUUGUAUUGACAGGAAGCCCUCCAUUAAAGGAGCUUUUCUGGAGACUUCUAACCACCUUUCACCAGUUUAUACAAAUUGCCCCAUCUUUUUUUAUAUCACAGCAUAUUUACCAGUGACUCAUCUCAUUGCCCUUAUUUUACAUGUUCCCUCGAGAUCCCUCAGGGCUGCAUCCUUAUUUUACUGCUGCUUGCAAAGUGCUUUUCUGAAGAUCACUGAUCACAGGAAAACAUCUUCCAAGCAGCCCCCUGCCCCACUGCAUCACCCCCAUGAGGAGCUGCCUGGGGAGGCUGGGCUCUGCAGGAGUCACUCAUACCCUGGCUUUAAACAUUGCCUUCUCUCCAGGGGAAGAAGGACAGCUGUUGGGCAGCUAUCCUGAGAUCACCUUCAGCCCGAGUUUUGACUUGGGCUAAAACUUCACUCUCUUCUCGUUUUCAAACAUCCAAAUGUGGUCAGGCAGUUUAGACAGAGGGAAGGGAAAUGGAAAAAGAAGUCAUGCCUACAUCUGCUUUCUGGUUUAGCUCUGCUCUGAGGGAUGUCUUUUUCCCUGUGUGUUGCCAGCUAACAAGUUGAUAGCAUGCCUCCUCUUUUUCUGAAUGUUUCUGUUUUCCUUCAUUGUAGAGCAUCUUUAACAGGAAAGGAGGGUGUGUUAUGGACACGUGUGCAACUGCAAAGCCCAAAUGUUCCCUGCAAAGCGCAAACAUUCCCUGGGGCUGCAUUGUGAUUUCAGUACCUAUAGCUCCCUGAUUUGCAUCUGGACCUUUAUGAACAAUCACUCAACUGGAAAAUUGGUUUUACCUUUUUAUUAAAGUAUAAUAUACUUCCUGGCUUAGAUUUUCAAUAUCUAAUGUCCCUUGGUCACUUGUCAGUGACCAGGCUUUACUUGUUAAACAGAAUGUUGAUCUAUGGCUGGGAAUCCAGUGAACCAUGUAGAGGGACUCAGACUCUUUUGUUAUACACUGAAACUUGAACGUAACAACUUCACACUGUACAGUACAGUAGGAUAUGCAGAACAUACACAUGGCACAAAUUUGUAUGCUCCCAACUGGCCCUUGUUCGAGGCUGAGUAUCAUGGUGGUGAGCUGCUCUGUUAUGGUAAUGGACUAGGGGGUGGUCAGUUACUUGCCAAGGCAUAAAGGACUACCAAGGUACCUCCCGUUUAUUGACAGCUGAGACAAGGUUGCUUCUGUAUCUGCUGCCUCAUGUAACAAGCAUUUAUGAAAUCAUCUGAGGCUGCCCUUGUCAAUUAUGAUCAUCAUUAUUUAUGUGUUUAAAAAACAAGGCAGAGUUUUUGAGGGCGUUCAUCUAAGAAGUGCUAUGGUAGUGCAGUCUCCAGUACUGUGCCUCAGCUGAGGCCUCAUGAAGUAAAUUCUUGAGAUUUAAGAGUGAAACUAAACUUCCCCAGAAGGCUGUGCUGCCAUUCAGCGAGAUCUCGACCGGCUCGAGAGUUGGGCAGAGAGGAACCUCAUGAGGUUCAACAAGGACAAGUGCAGAGCCCUGCAUCUGGGAAGGAACAACCCCAUGCACCAGUACAGGCUGGGGGUCGAACUGUUGAAGAGCAGCUCUGCAAAGAGAGACCUGGGAGUCCUGGCUGAUAAUAAACUAAAUAUGAGCCAGCAAUGUGCCCUCGUGGCCAAGAAGGCCAAUGGCAUCCUGGGGUGCAUCAAGAAGAGUGUGGCCAGCAGGUCAAGGGAGGUUCUGCUCCCUCUCUACUCUGCCUUGGUGAGGCCUCAUCUGGAGUCCUGUGUCCAGUUCUGGGCUCCUCAGCUCAAGAGGGACAGAGAACUUCUGGAGAGAGUCCAGCGCAGGGCCACCAAGAUGAUCAGAGGACUGGAGCAUCUUCCUUAUAAAGAAAGGCUGUGGGAAUGGGGGCUGUUUAGUCUAGAGAAGAGGAGACUGAGGGGAGAUCUUAUUAACAUUUAUAAAUAUCUAAAGGGUGGGUGUCAGGAGGUUGGGGCAUCCCUUUUUUCUAUAGUAUCUAGCUAGCAUCAGGACAAGGGGUAAUGGGAUGAAGCUGGAACACAAAAAAUUCCAUUUAAACAUAAGGAAACCUAUUUCACUGUGCAGGUGAGGGAGCCCUGGCACAGGCUGCCCGGAGGGGUUGUGGAGUCUCCUUCCUUGGAGGUCUUCAAGACCCGCCUGGACAUGUUCCUAUGCGACCUGAUCUAGGUGGCCCUGCUUCUGCAGGGAGGUUGGACUAGAUGAUCUCUAAAGGUCCCUUCCAACCCCUACCAUUCUAUGAUUCUAUGAGUCUACUUAUGUGAUGCAUUGCUAUUCCUCUGAGUUGGAUAGUAGAGAAUCAGUCAUCUGAUUCAGGAUUGGGAGAUCAGCUGUUACAUCUGUGCACACAUAGUCAUGGGCCUGGAGAUAAACCAUCCCAGCUGGCUGAUGGAUUUGGGCUCCAACAGUGAACAUAGUCUACCACAGCUACCCUAUCAUUGUAUGUCCAUCUUCCUGAUCUAGGAGAGUCUAUAAUGAGGUGUAAUUAGUCCCUGAUACAUCUGAAAGAGAGAGUAAAACAAAGUUUUCACCAGCUCUUGCUACAAUCAAACUUGGCCAGUUUAGUGAGCCUUCCCUACUGGGGAGGGUUCCCUGUGCUCACUCUCCUCUGUACAUGCAGCACUUCCUGCUUCGGCAAGGGUUGAUAUGUGGCAAAACCAAUGUGGGACACAGCAGUAAGUCAGCUUGGCAGGAGGCAAUACUUAACUGUCAUUGAAAAAAUCUGUCAUUAAAAUUCACAGUUGAUUUUGGUUA